AUGUGUGGCAUCUGGGCUCUGUUUGGCAGCGAUGAGUGCCUGUCGGUUCAGUGCACGUGUGCCAUGAAGAUCGCGCACCGGGGGCCGGACGCCUUCCGCUUCGAGAACGUGAACGGCUUCACCAGCUGCUGCUUCGGCUUCCACCGGCUGGCCAUCGUGGACCAGCUGCACGGCAUGCAGCCGCUCCGCAUCAAGAAGUUCCCCUACCUGUGGCUGUGCUACAACGGGGAGAUCUACAACCACCACACCUUGAAAAAGCAGUUUGACUUUGACUACCAAACUAAAAUGGACGGUGAGAUCUUGCUCCACCUGUACGACCGCUUCGGCAUAAAGGAGAUGGCGUCCCUCCUGGACGGCGUGUUCGCUUUUAUCCUGCUGGACACCGCCAACAGGAAGGUGCACAUCGGCAGGGACACCUACGGGGUGCGGCCAAUGUUCAAGCUCCUCACAGACGACGGCUUCCUGGCCGUCUGCUCAGAGGCCAAAGGCCUGAUCGACAUCACCCACUCCAUGGCGACCAAAGCCCAGAUCGAGCCCUUCCUGCCGGGCCACUUCGAGGUGUUCGACCUGCAGCCCAGCGGGAAGGUGAAGUCCGUGCAGCUGGCUCCGUUCCACUGCUGCACGCAGGAGCCCGCGCACGCCGUCUACGACCCCGCGGAGCGCCUGGCCCCCGAGAAGCUGCCGUACCCCCUGCAGACCUUCUCCAUCGGAGCCCAGGACACUCCAGAGGUGCUGGCCGCUCGCCAGCCGCCUAUAGUAUGUCUGAGGCCCGGCGGGGUCCUGAACCGAAGCCUCUCCGCAGGCUUCGACCCCGACGCGGUGAAGAGCAACAUCCGGCUUCUGUUCGAGAGCGCGGUGAGGAAACGGCUGAUGGCCCACAGGAGGAUCGGCUGCCUGCUGUCAGGUGGUCUGGACUCCAGCCUGGUCUCUGCUAUGUUGAUGAAACUGGCCGCUGAGGAGAAGCUGCCGUACCGACUGCAGACCUUCUCCAUCGGAGCCGAGGACAGUCCAGACGUGCUGGCCGCUCGCAAGGUAGCGGCUCACAUCGGCAGUGAGCACCACGAGGUGAACUUCUCGGCGGAGGAGGGGAUCCAGGCGGUGGAGGACGUCAUUUUCCACCUGGAGACCUACGACAUCACCACCAUCAGGGCCUCCACCUACGACAUCACCACCAUCAGGGCCUCCGUCGGGAUGUAUUUGGUGUCGAAGUACAUCCGAGAGAAGACGGACAGUGUGGUGAUCUUCUCUGGAGAGGGUUCAGAUGAACUGACUCAGGGAUACCUUUACUUCCACAAGGCAGCCGCGGCGGAGGACAGUGUUCGGCUGCUGAAGGAGCUUUAUCUGUUCGACGCCCUGCGGGCCGACCGCACCACGGCCGCCCACGGGGUGAAUGUCUCUCUGCUGCAGGAGGGCGUGGAGAAGCACCUCCUGAGGGACGCCUUUAAGGGGCUGAACCUGAUUCCCGAGGAGAUCCUGUGGAGACGCAAAGAGGCCUUCAGCGACGGAGUGAUGUCAGUGAAGAAGUCCUGGUACACCUGCCUGCAGGAGCACCUGGAGUCUGUGGUGAACGACGACCAGCUGGAGAAGGCCCCCAAGACCUUCCCCCACAACCCCCCGAAGACCAAGGAGGCCUACUACUUCCGGCAGGUGUUUGAGCGCCGGUACCCGGACCGGGCCCAGUGGCUGCCCCACUACUGGAUGCCCCGCUGGCUCAAGGCCUCCGACCCCUCCGCCCGGACCCUGGCCAUCUACACCCCCGACAAGGACCAGGGGGCGGGGGGGGGGGGUUCAGAGUCCCAGUCCGGGUUUAAUGGGUCUACUCUGCUGUCCGUGGAACAAAAAUGA